UCUAUUAUAUAUUUAUAAUGGUGAUAAUAAUUGUUAAAAUGAUUCAAAUAAAAAUCAAAUUUUAAAUUUCUACUUCUACACGCUUUGCAGUUGUUAUUGCUUGUUAGCACAAGUGUGUAGCUGUUAGGUGUGUACAUAAUGACAUGAUCCCUGCCAAAUGUAUUUAUCGAAUCGCCUAUAAAAUCAUUUUUGCUAGCAUUGUGAGAUGCUAAAAAAGCAAAAAUAUCCCUACUGCAUGCCAGUUUCCAUAUUGUUAUGGCAGAAGACGAAGAAUUUCCUGGUCGUUUAUUGCAUCAGGUUGCAUUGUGGGACAAUGUGGACUUUCUUACAGAUCUCCUAAAAGAUGAUGAACAUAAAAAAUUCAUAAAUUGCUGUGACUCUUGGGGCCGCACUGCGCUUCAUGCAGCAUGCACAAAUGAAGGUUCCGGUUGUCUAAAAAUUCUUCUUGAUGCUGGAGCACAAGUGGACAUUCCAUGUGGACCUCGAGGCGAUUGUAGAACAGCAUUACAUAUAAGUGCCCAAAUUGGAUGUCCUAUAAAUGUCAAAACUCUUUUAGACUAUGAAUCAAAUGUUUUAAUAAAAGAUUCUAAUGGUCUGACCUCACUUGAUAUUGCUAAUAAUGCUGGAUUCACAAAUUGUAGUCAGUUGCUUAAAGAAGCUACAGAUGCAUGGGAAGAAUCACAAAAUGAAGUACAUAUGUCACUUCGAGAUGCCAUCUGCAGAGGAGAUUUUAAUGCAGUCAGAACUAUUUUGUCAGAACUUGGUAAUAACGCCGAAUUUGUCAUCAAUAUGGCACCCAAUGGUAGCUCCACACUCUUAUACUGUGCCUGUGAACUGGGUAGAAAAGACCUAGUUAAGCUGUUAAUCGACCAUAAAGCGGAUGGUAAAAUACAUCCUGUUACACGAUACUCCCCCCUUUAUAUAGCUGCCUUCAAAGGGAAAAAAGAUAUUGUCGAAUUACUUCUCAAGAAAUAUCCCGACCUUGUUCGUCAAACUACUGUUGAAAAAUGGUUACCUAUUCAUGCAGCAUGCAUAAACGGAAACAUACAGGUUUUGGAACUUCUAAUGAAGUACCCAUACCCAUCUAAUUUGUUUAUUAAAUUAAGAAAGGAUAAUUGGGAGUAUGAUGUUCCGUUUGAUGUAAAUUCUAAAGAUGUCAAUGGUCAAACUGUUCUCUAUUUAUCAUGUCUGUUAGGAAACAUAAAAAUAGUUGAUGUCUUAUUGAAGUAUCAAGUGAGAGCUGUUAAGGUUAAUGGUGCUGAUGGAUCGUCUCCAAAAGAAUCUAUGAAUGAUUUGUCAAAACGAAAUCGCAUUUCAGAAGGAAUCCAGUCAAUUGUAUCUCGUCUAAGGGGAAAUCCAAAUAAAGAAAUAGACUUAAAUGAGAAAAACUUGAAGCCAGUAGAAAUUAAUAUUUAUUGUAAUGAAGAAGCUCCAGAAACUGCUCUUCAUGUUGCUGUUCGUAAUGGACAUAGAGAUGUUGUUGCAGCAUUACUUGAAGCUAGUGCAGAUCCUAAUGUACUCACAUUGCCUCCAUCUGCUGACUAUAAACAAAGAAAUGAUGAAGUUCAUGAGGCUGGUUGUAGUUCCCUAACUUUAGCGUGUAGAAAAGGAGAUGUGGCUAUUGUCGAAUUGUUAUUAAAACAUGGUGCUAGGGAUGAUGAAGGUAAGGCACUUGCGGCCGCAAUGUCUAUAAGAAAUCAAUUUUUGAUUACCACACUACUCGGAACUAAAGCAUUUGCUGACCCUGAGCACAAAAUUAACAAAAAAGCGAUGACUGAUAAUAUUGCUUCACAAUUUGGCGGUCUAUCGAGUUUAACGUACAGUAAUAUAUUUCCUAGCACGCCAGUUAUGAUUAAUUGGCAUAGUCAACGAUGUAAGCUUGAAUGCAUUAAAUCACAAUGGCUGAUUGACGCAGCUCUUCAUAUUAAUCCAAGACUGAAAAUGAACCCCCGAAGUAGAGAAAUUGUUUUAUUUGCCAUAACUCGAUUAGACAUAUCAAACAACUCACUCACACAAAUUCCUGCUAUUAUUUUUCAAUUACAAAGUCUUAGAUAUUUGAAUUUGGCACAAAAUAAGAUAGAAAAACUACCAGACUUUAACACUAGUCAAGUAACUUCUCCAACAACUAAAAAAAUUUCAAAACUUUACAAAUCCGUUUACACGGCUAGUGUUUUAGAAGAACUUUAUUUACAAGAUAACAGACUCGAUAAGAUUCCAGAUGAUCUUUUCCGAUUACCUUCAUUAACUACACUAGAUUUAUCAAAUAAUAAACUUCAUUCUGUGCCAUUUCAAAUGUGGCGAUCGCCCAAGCUCAAAGAUUUUAAUUUGUCGUUUAACCUAAUUAAAGAACUUCCUUAUGCUCAGUCAGAGCAAGAAGCUAAAAGUUUACGUGAACGAUCAGUUAGUCGAGCUCCGUUGUUAGAUAAUAGCUAUGAAGUUAAAAUAACUGAUGUUAUUGAUAUAGACAACGAAAGUAUUCCAUUAGUUCAUUAUAAUGUUUGGAACCGUACAGUUGAAAUAAUGGAACAGAUUUCAAGAACUGAUGAAACUUCUGAGAUUAAAUCCAAUAGCUCUCAAUUAUCAUCACUAAAUCUUUCACAUAAUAGAUUUAGUUCUAUACCGCCUGUGUUAUCGUGUUUGGCAGUUAAUUUAACUCGGCUUAAUUUAUCAUACAAUUGUUUGAGGACUAUGAGUUAUGUGACAUCAUAUCCCAGCUCACUCAAACAGUUGGAUUUAAGCCAUAACAAAAUAUGUGUCUGGCCAAGUUUGCCCCAAAUCAACUUGGAAGAUACUUCACCAGACCAAGAAAAUAUUUUAUGUUACAGACUAGAAACCGGUCAAGUUCCUAAGUCCACUAUACCAUCAAAAAUACGCACCAGCCGAAAAAUGUCAUUACGAGCCAGUAUUUUAAAUCGAGUAUGUUCUCAUAGACGGCAUUUAAGGCUUGAAAAUCUGAGAACACUCAUUUUGGCUGAUAAUUGUGUUAAAAGAAUACAAUUAUCAACUGAUGAUGAUGGGUACAUUUCCGUUUCAAAUGAUUCAGCUGACGAAUUGGAUGAUUGGGAUACUAAUGCAACAACAUUGGGUCAUUCGAGAUCAAAAUUAAUUUUCCCUAACUUGAGUAUGUUAGACCUGAGUAACAACCAAUUAAAAGAAAUCCCAUCCAACAUAAACGAACUAAUCAACUUAUCAGUCUUAAAUAUAAGUGGAAAUAAAGAAGUUGCAGAGUUACCUCCUCAAAUGGGAUUAUUGUCACGAUUGUGGAAUUUAAAUACAAGAGGAUGUAACCUACAGGAGCCACUGAAAUCCAUGAUUGAUUCAAAUAAAUAUAAAACAAUGGAUGUUAUUGGCUAUUUAAAAUCAGUUCUUGAAGAUGCUAAGCCCUAUGCUCGCAUGAAGCUAAUGAUUGUUGGAGUUCAAGGAAUUGGUAAAACUUCGUUGCUAAACCAGCUGCGUCUCGAGGGUACCGGAAGCUAUAAAAAGAAACCUGUAGAUCAUUGGGCCAAACGUAUGGGUAAUAAAAAUAUAAAUCAAAAGACAAACAAAGGAACAAAUAUUUCUACAGUAGGCGUUGAUAUUGGUGAUUGGGUGUACGAAAAGAAAAUUCGAGGCAAUUCUCAGUAUGGUCCAGUAAUGUUCAGAACUUGGGAUUUUGGUGGCCAAAAUGAAUACUAUGCUACUCAUCAAUACUUUUUAUCAAAAAGAAGUUUAUAUAUUGUUGUAUGGAAAAUCCCUGAUGGUCACCGAGGAAUUGCAGAAAUUUUGCAGUGGCUGGUUAACAUACAAGCUCGAGCUCCUAAUUCUCCUGUAAUAAUCGUAGGCACUCAUUAUGAUGUAAUGAGCAACAAGUCACCAGAAUACAACUCAGAAAUUUUACAACAAUUAAUAAGAGAUAGGUUCAUAAACAUAGUAGAUGCUGAAAAAUAUGGACUACCUAGAGUGUUAGACACAAUUGAAAUUAGUUGCAAAACAAAACAUAACAUUAAGUUGUUAUGUAAUAUUAUUUAUGACACUGUAUUUAGUCUGAGAUCACCUGGAAGCAAAGAACUUUUGCUUGAACAAAGAGUUCCGGCUACUUAUUUAGCUCUUGAGGACAUUGUGAGUCAUAUAGGAAAUGAAAGGCGUCUCGCAGGCCUCGACCCAGUAUUAAAUCUAGAUCAAUUUAGAACUGCAGUUAAUGCAGAAAUGGUUUCUAGAUUUCAUAAAUCUUUCCGAGAUAUGGCUGAACUAAACCAAGCAAUUUUAUUUUUACAUGAGAAUGGUGUAUUGUUACAUUAUGAUGAUGCCACUUUAAAAGAUCUUUAUUUUUUAGACCCACAAUGGUUAUGUGAUAUGCUUGCACAUGUAGUGACAAUUAGAGAAAUUAAUCCUUUCGCUCGUUCUGGUAUUAUGAAACUUGAUGAUCUUAAAAUUGUUUUAAAAUCCUCGACGUGUACUAGAGAAUAUGUGGUCAACUUGCUCAAUAAAUUUGAAGUAGCUUUAACUUGGGAUAGUAGAUCACUAUUAAUACCAUCACUGUUGCCAUCUGAAGAUGAUAUGUAUGGACAAAGAACUCAACCAGUUUUGAUAAAAGUUCCUAUCAAAUCAAAAUGUCGUAAAUUAAGAACUUCAAUUCAUCCUCCGUUAGAAGAUUUCAUAGAAAUUGGAGAAAAUAUAACUAGCCGUUCUGAUCCAGAAGUCUCUGUGCGACGCCUUUUGCUGAUGUCUUAUUUCCCAUCGGGUUUCUGGUCUCGUUUGAUUACUCGUAUGCUCGGUGACGAUGCAAUCAUUGAAGUAAUACGAAAGUUCUUUACUCCGUCAGAAGUCAAUGGUGACAAUUUUGUAUGUUCGGAUUUUCAAUCAAACUUUGACUGGGUACUAUGGCAAACUGGAAUUGAAUUGAAAUUUGCUAACAAAAUCACGCUGUUUCGUAUGAAGGAAGUUUUACAGAGAAAUUAUCCAAUAAAUUACAGGCAACUUAGGUUCCAGCUCUAUCAAGAAACUGCAUGGUAUGAUAUAUCAAUAAAAACAUCAUCUAUUCUAGAAGCAUAUUUACCUCUUGAUACUGUUAUUGUAAAGAGACCAAUAAAAAAUAAAAACGAAGAAGACAUAGGGUUUAGAGCAAUUGUAUUGGAUCCGUCUUCUGUACAAGCAGCGAAACUGUUAGCCUUGGUGGUAGAUCAUAUAGAUGUUUUGUUGGAAGACUGGUAUCCUACACUAGGCACUCGAUUUGUUCAUACAUCUGAAGGAAAAUGUUUAGUAACGAGAUUGGUUCCUUGCCCUAGAUGUUUAGUUGGAAGUGUGGAAACCGACAAUGUUCCAAUUGAUGUUAAAUACGAAAACGAAAAAUCAAAUAACGUUGAACAUUUAUCGAAAGAGUUUUUAAAAAAAGAAUUAGACACUAAAAAUGCUGUACGUAAAUCACAAGAAAGCUAUAACGGAUCAGACGGUGGUGAUAGCGGAGUUGGACACGAUAGCCCACAGUCUAGUAGAAAAGUGUCAGUUGAUGGUCAACUCUUAAUUUCGGAUGAACAAGUCGAUGGUGAAAUUCAUUAUGGGUGGACAGUUGAAGAUUGUAUACUUGCUGCAUCGUCAGUUGAUAAAUUAUGUGUAGUAUGCCCUAAACAUGGAGAUUUGCCAUUAGCACAAGUUGCUCCUGAUACAGUUUUUUUGGAUCUGGGACAAGAGCUAGUUAUUAAAGACAAAGACAUUAUACGAGGUAAAUUAUUGGGGCGAGGAGCAUUUGGAUUUGUUUUUCGAGGCGUCUGCAAAGGUAAACGACCCGGAGAUAGUAUUCAAAUUGCUAUAAAAAUGCUACAACCUGUAAUGCCAGGACCAAAUGCUAGCCAGUCCGCAUUAAUUGCAUAUAAGGGAGCUCAAGCUAAGUGGGAUCGUGACCCGUUACAAUACACUUGUAAGUCGUAUUGUAGUGCAAGACAAGAGUUAAACAUCAUGUUGAAUCUAAGACAUCCAAAUAUUGUACCAUUACUGGGUGUCUGUACAAAACCUCUGGCUCUUAUACUGGAUCUCGCACCGAUAGGAGCUUUGGAUCAAAUAUUAAGAAAUUAUCGUAGAUCUGGCACAAGAUUUGACCCCCACGUUUUGCAACAAAUAGUGUUUCAAACGGCAAAAGCAUUGGAAUAUUUGCAUCAACAACGGAUUAUCUACAGGGAUUUAAAAAGUGAAAAUGUACUUGUUUGGUCUAUUCCAGUGCCACUGCAAGAUCCUUUUGCCGUUACUACACACAUUAAGAUGGCAGAUUAUGGUAUAAGUCGUUUAUCAUUGCCAUCAGGCACUAAAGGUUUUGGUGGUACAGAAGGUUUUAUGGCCCCGGAAAUAAUAAAAUAUAAUGGUGAAGAGGAGUAUACAGAAAAAGUUGACUGUUUUUCUUUUGGUAUGUUUGUUUACGAGUUAUUAACAAUGCAUCAGCCUUUUGAAAACCACGAAUCUGUAAAAGAGAGCAUAUUAGAAGGUCAUAGGCCAGCAUUAACAUUUAGAGAAACGGCCUAUCCAAGUUAUUUACUUGAUUUGAUGGCUGUAUGUUGGUCACAAAGUCCAAAAGAUCGACCAUCAGCCAGUCAAAUAGUUUCUAUAGUGUCGGCUCCAGAAUUCACACACUUGUAUGAUGUUGUGUCUUUAAGUCAUUCGGCAGAUGUUGUAGCUUGUACUUCCUUACCAUUACCAUUGAGUGAAGAUGAUGAGAUAACUGGUGAUGAAAUAUGGUUACCGUGCACUAAUGGAAAACUUGAUCGAUUAGCAUUCAGCAAUACAAAUUGGUUUCAUUACAGAAGCAAGAAAACUGCCCAUAAAGUUACAGCCAUCUGUACAAUUGAUGAGUUUAGUGUUUGGUUGGGUGACGCUGAAGGACAAAUACACGCUUAUUCGAGUAAUGACUGCAAGUAUAUAUUUAGUUACAAAUUAAUAUCUGAUGAUCAAGAAGUCGGAGUGAAAUGUAUAGCGUCACUUAAGGAUAGACACAGAGUAGCAGUUGGCUUAGAAAAUGGUAGAAUAUUUCUUGUUCGAAGCGAUAUGUCACCCCUUGCUCCAACCAUGGGCGAAGGAAGUUUUGUAAUGAGUGAAUUAGGCAGCUCUACCGUGUUGUUUUGUUUUAUUGCUGUUAAUAACAAUAAAACGUGUGAAUUAUGGUGCGGUGAAGAUAAUGGUCGAAUAUCAGUUUACACUAUUAAGCAGAAUGUAGCUAUAAAUUAUGAAGUCCUGGAACACUUUAAUAGUACAGGUUUGGAGGCCCAAGUGAUGUCAUUGAAUUCUUCUUCUGAUCAUAAUUUAGUAUGGUCUUAUGUACAUCCUGGAUGUAUAAUUUAUCAAUGGAAUGUGAAAACUAGAAAAAUUUUGAACAAACUAGAUUGUUCUAAACUUAUUCCGUGCUCAGAAAGUUUAAAAUCAAUUAGUAUAGAAGAACGAUUAAGUCCGGGAAAGUGUCAGAUAACUAGCGUGUGUACAGUUGGCGAUGAACUUUAUUUGGGCACGGCUUGGGGAUGUAUUGUAGUAGUUGAACAAGAAACUGCAAGACCCAUUACAGUGUUUAGACCGUACGAACAAGAAGUAAAAUGUAUAACAGCUGCUAGCGAAGGAAAUACAGUAAUCAGUAUUGGUAAUGGGUACAGAAGUUUAUUGAAAAGAUAUUUGUCACAUUGUAAUGACAUGGCCGAUGUAAUGGGUACUACAUUUGCAAUAAUGUGGUCUACUCGUAAUUGGAGUUCUUAUUAAAGCUAAUAGACUACUAAAUCUUGAUCGCCAAAACAUAGUUUGAAAUAAAAAAUGUUCAGUUUGUCUAGAUAUUAAAUAUGGCAUGUAAUUAAAUAAUUAAAGGCAAAACAUCUGAUGAACACACAAAAAAAAAAGGUAUAACAAUACAUGAUCAUUAAACAUCAUUACUAAAGCAUAAUACGAUUCAAUGCUUGUAAAUAAUAACUUAAACACAUGAUCCUAAAACAUUAUGUAUAUAUAUAAAAAAAAAUUAUUUGUUAUCUUAGAAAUUUGUUUGUGAAUUAUUGUUAUUUAUUGUUUUAUUGAUUACUUCUUUAUAAUCAGAAUUUCAGUGAUAAGUUUUAUUAUUGUAUAUUUCUUUACAAGUAAACAUGUUGGAUUCUACUAGUUUUUCAAAAAUAUUAUUUGAGGUUUAAACAAUUUAUUUUGUUAUUAUGUUUUUUUUUCACUCCAAGUGUUGAUGUGUUAAGUUACAUUAUUAGCCCAAAAUUAAUCUACAUAUUACCUAUACAUUUUUGCAUGGCUUAUUUUUUAGA